AUGGUUAAGGCUAGAUCAAGUGGGAAGAAGGGUUCUUUAACCCAGUCACUUGAUAACAAGAUAAUGGAGUUGAUAUAUCGUCUCGUAGAUGAAAAAUCAUUGGAAAGACAACGUUCUAGAGUUAAAACAGUUGGGAUAGAAGAUGAAAAUCAGGAUGAUUUGGUAGAUGAAUUGAAAAAUGAAUUUCCUGAGAUUUGUUUAGCUCGUGAUCUUCAGUUUGGCGAGGUUUUGGGCUAUGUUCAAACUCGGGAUUUAUCGUUACAAAGGGUGAAGAAGGUUAUAUUAGAGAAAACUGUUGAUCGUGUAUUAAAACAAAUCAUUAAGGAAGAAUAUGAUGAAAUUGGUGAUCUCGAAGAAUCUGGAGAAUCUGGAGAAUCUGAACUCAUUGAUGUAGAAAAGCAGAAUAUGAUGAUCGUUCAGGAUACAAAUGAAAUGAACAAGAACAUUACCAGCCAAUGGAAAAUUACGCCGGUGUCGCCGCCAACGGCGAAGACCACAGAGGAAAUCAAUGGUUCAUCGGAUUCCACGAACAAACAAUCUAUGAUUAAGAGACGCUCAACCAAGGAUGGUGGUAGCAAAGUUAAAAGGCAAAAGGUUCGAGAGGAUAGAUCUCCACCGCAAACAGACUUGUCGUCAUUGGGUGGAAUGGAUGAUGUGGUUGCUCAAUUAAUGGAAUUAAUUGGGUUACCCAUUUUACAUCCAGAAAUAUAUGCAUCAACUGGUAUUGAGCCACCUCGUGGCGUGCUAUUUCAUGGCCCCCCUGGAUGUGGUAAAACAUCUAUCGCAAAUGCGUUGGCUGGUGAACUUCAAGUGCCUUUUAUUUCCAUUUCCGCACCCUCUGUGGUAAGCGGGAUGUCUGGAGAAAGUGAAAAGAAAAUCCGUGAUUUGUUUGAUGAAGCUAAAUCUUUGGCUCCAUGUCUCGUCUUUUUUGAUGAAAUUGACGCAAUUGCACCCAAGAGAGAUGGAGGUGCCCAAAGAGAGAUGGAGAGGAGAAUUGUCGCACAAUUGUUAACUUCUAUGGAUGAACUUUCAUUUGAUAAAACAGAUGGUAAACCUGUUAUUGUUAUUGGCGCGACUAAUAGACCAGAUUCUUUGGAUGCUGCAUUGAGACGUGCUGGAAGAUUUGAUAGAGAAAUAUGUUUGAAUGUUCCUAAUGAAGCUUCAAGGAUGCAUAUACUUAAAAAAAUGACUUCAAACUUAAAAAUUAAUGGUCAGAUUGAUUUUGUAAAAUUAUCAAAACUUACCCCAGGGUUUGUUGGUGCAGACUUGAAAGCUUUGGUGACGGCAGCAGGUACCUGUGCUAUUAAGAGAAUUUUUCGAACAUUUGCGAUAUCAGGUGGGAAUUCAGAUGCCAAAGAGAUGGAGAUAGAUGGUGAUAUUGAACAAGAUGCCUUAAAAAAUACUGCAAAUCUCAUUGACCCUCUACCACUAUCCAUAGUGCAGCAUUUCUUAAAUAAUUUCCCAGAUCCUUUGAAUGCAGAACAAUUGGAAACUUUAACAAUUAAAUAUGAAGAUUUUUUGAAGGCAUUACCAACAAUUCAGCCCACGGCCAAGCGAGAAGGGUUUGCUACUGUCCCUGAUGUAACAUGGACUAAUGUCGGUGCUCUUACAAAGAUCCGUAUGGAGUUGAACAUGGCUAUUGUCCAACCCAUAAAAAGACCAGAGUUGUACGAGAAAGUUGGUAUCUCCGCUCCGGCAGGUGUGCUACUAUGGGGACCUCCGGGUUGUGGUAAGACUUUGAUUGCCAAAGCAGUAGCCAAUGAAUCACGCGCAAACUUUAUUUCGAUCAAAGGUCCUGAACUAUUAAACAAAUAUGUUGGUGAAUCUGAAAGAGCCAUCAGACAAGUUUUCACCAGGGCACGUGCAUCUGUUCCUUGCGUUAUAUUUUUUGAUGAGCUAGAUGCUCUGGUACCUAGGAGAGACACAUCUCUAUCAGAGUCAUCUUCGCGGGUUGUUAACACAUUACUGACUGAAUUGGAUGGAUUGAAUGAUAGAAGGGGUAUAUUUGUUAUUGCGGCAACUAACAGGCCAGAUAUAAUCGAUCCAGCAAUGUUACGUCCUGGAAGACUGGAUAAGACGCUAUUCAUAGAGCUUCCAGAUCUCACAGAAAAGCAUGAUAUCUUAAAAACACUGAUCAGAUCCAAUGGCACACCGUUAGCGCCUAAUAUUGAUUUAAGUGUUAUUGUGAGCGAUGAGCGUUGUAGAAAUUUCUCUGGUGCAGAUUUAGCAUCUUUAGUUAGAGAAAGUUCUGUUUUAGCAUUAAAGAGAAACUUCUUUAAAUCUGAUGAAAUUGGUUCUGUGUUAGAGAACAAUUUGGAUAGAGAGUUUGAGGAUUUAUCGGUUGGAGUCUCGGAAGACGUUGUUGUAACUAUGAAGGACUUCCAAUUAGCUCUUAGAAAAAUCAAACCGUCGGUUAGCGAUAAGGAUAGAUUAAAGUAUGAGAGAUUAAAUAAGAGAAUGGGUUGGAACGAUGAAGUUCAGCUACAAGGUGAACCUAACUCAACUUUAAAUGAAUAA